CUCAAACGUGUAUUUUCAUGACGACUCGAAUUCUCUGAUUUUAUUAUAUUUCUCAUUUGAAAAAUACAAAGUGCUUUGAGGACAUGGUGGAAGGCAAUUGAAGACUGGAAAGGAAAAACUCCCAAAUUGUCAUGGCUGAAGGAGAGAACGAAGUGAGAUGGGAUGGUCUGUGCAGUCGAGACUCAAGUACUAGAGAGACAGCACUGGAAAACAUUAGACAAAUCAUUUUGAGGAAAACCGAGUAUCUUCGUUCUUUGAAAGAGACACCUUCUCGUCCAUCAGAUGAGCUUUCAAAUGCUGUUUCGUUGGAUGAGUUGAAUAAGCUUCUUGCUCAUCUGCUCAUGCUUUCUAUGAGGUGUCCCUUUAAAGAUGUACGAGAGAAGAGUGAGCUUAUUCUAAAGAGCGUCCAGGAACUUGGAAUUAGAAUUCCUCGACCACUAGGACACGGACCAAGCAGAUUCAUCCCAGAAAAGGAGAUUCUUCAAGUGGGGAGUGAAGACACACAGAUGCAUGCUUUAUUUGCAGAUUCUUUUGCUGCUUUGGGUCGUUUGGAUAACAUUACCUUAGUGAUGGUUUUCCACCCACAAUAUUUAGAAAGUUUCUUAAAAACUCAACACUAUCUACUGCAAAUGGAUGGGCCAUUACCCCUUCAUUAUCGGCACUACAUUGGAAUAAUGGCUGCAGCAAGACAUCAGUGCUCCUACUUAGUGAACCUUCAUGUAAAUGAUUUCCUUCAUGUUGGUGGGGACCCGAAGUGGCUUAAUGGCUUAGAGAAUGCUCCUCAAAAACUACAAAAUUUAGGAGAACUUAACAAAGUGUUAGCCCAUAGGCCUUGGCUUAUUACCAAAGAACAUAUUGAGGGACUUUUAAAAGCUGAAGAACACAGCUGGUCCUUAGCGGAACUGGUACAUGCAGUGGUUCUACUCACACACUAUCAUUCUCUUGCUUCAUUCACAUUUGGCUGUGGAAUCAGUCCAGAAAUUCAUUGUGAUGGCGGUCACACAUUCAGACCUCCUUCUGUUAGUAACUACUGCAUCUGUGACAUUACAAAUGGCAAUCACAGCGUGGAUGAGAUGCAGGUCACUUCAGCAGGAAAUAUUUCAGUAAGUGAUUCCUUCUUUGAGGUCGAAGCUCUUAUGGAAAAGAUGAAGCAGUUACAGGAAUGCCGAGAUGAAGAAGAGGCGAGUCAGGAAGAGAUGGCUUCACGUUUUGAAAUAGAAAAAAGAGAGAGCAUGUUUGUUUUCUCCUCAGAUGAUGAAGAAGUUACACCAGCAAGAGAUGUAUCUCGUCACUUUGAGGAUACUAGUUAUGGCUAUAAGGAUUUCUCUAGACAUGGGAUGCAUGUUCCAACAUUUCGAGUCCAGGACUAUUGCUGGGAAGACCAUGGGUAUUCUUUGGUAAAUCGUCUUUAUCCAGAUGUGGGGCAGCUGAUUGAUGAAAAAUUUCACAUUGCUUACAAUCUUACUUAUAAUACAAUGGCAAUGCACAAAGAUGUUGAUACCUCAAUGCUUAGACGUGCUAUUUGGAACUAUAUUCACUGCAUGUUUGGAAUAAGAUAUGAUGAUUAUGACUAUGGUGAAAUUAACCAGCUAUUGGAUCGUAGCUUUAAAGUUUAUAUCAAAACCAUUGUUUGCACUCCCGAAAAGGUUACCAAAAGAAUGUAUGAUAGCUUCUGGAGGCAGUUCAAGCACUCUGAGAAGGUUCAUGUUAAUCUGCUUCUUAUAGAAGCUAGGAUGCAAGCAGAACUCCUUUAUGCUCUGAGAGCCAUUACCCGCUAUAUGACCUGAUGCCUUUCCUCCGUUAAAGAUGAUGGAAUGAUCAGCAGAUAUAGUCUACAAGGGGAAGGUACUAAGCCCCAGGACCAAUGGUAGAUAAAAGAAUUCAGAAAUCCAUUGCGCCAUGAUUCCUUUAGUUUCUGCUAUUUUACUGUGGAAAUGCCACUGCUGGCAUGAGCAGUGAAUGCUUGGCAGCUUCAAGGUUAGAGCUGUGAAGAAGGGCUGCCAUUCACAGUAUUUUGCUUUUUGACAGUACAAGAUGCUGUAUAACUUUUAAUACAGCAAAUAGUAACUCUCCAAAUCCUGUUGCUUUUAUGUUAAAUAACAAGAAUUGGAGCAUGCAAAGAAUGAGACUUGGACAAUGACUUAAGCUUUAUAUAUAAAGAAUUUUAGAAAUCUUGGUGCUGCUCUUCCUGCUGGUGAAAUGAAUAGAAUGGCUGUUCCAGUUAAGCUAUUAGUAAUAAAAGUGAACACUGCUACUAUCUGAGCCUACAUACAUAAUUUGCGUGGUUUCAAAUUAAACUUGCCUAUGUGUUCAUUGUUUUGCAUCUAAAAUAGCAUAGAAUUAUUACUCACAGCUCAGCAAAGACCAUUUUGAUGGUAAUAGUUCAUUUCUUUCACUAUAGUUCUUUUUAAAUUCAGAGUUACUGAAUGACAGUAAAUUAUAGUGGUGUCUUAAAGAUUUUCUUCAAAAAACAAUCUUAAAUGAAAGUCUGAAAAUUAUAAGAAAAACUGCCUAUCUUUUGAUAUACUGUUUCCCAAGAUUCUCUGACACUGGAGGGCAGCUGUCUUGUGCAGUAUUUUUGUUUCCAGCACCAAAGAUGUGGGAAAUGUUGCUGUACACUACUGCACAGUUCUGGGUGCGUUAUGUCCCUCCACUCCUGCCUGCCUCCAUGGUCCCCACUUUAAAGGUUGUGCAGCUCCUUAAAUAAUAAAGCUGGAAAAUAUUUUUGUCAGGUUAUCAAGUUUGACUUGCAAAAAAUGUUAACUUUGUUUGAAAUGCAAACAGGUUUAAAAAAUGUAUUAAGUACUUUGUAUUCUGGAAGCAUGAAUUGCCUUUCAAUUCUGUCAGUAUUAUUGGUAUUUUUCAAUAAAGAGUAAUUUUUC